UAUGUUUCCGGCCUACGUCAGCUUCGCUUGGGUAUGUUACGCAAUACAUACAAUUAAAAAGAAGGUGUUCAUCUAUGACCCGACAUUAGCAUCGGAGAAUGGUGGAGCAAUCAAACAGCUACAUAUGAGAAACUGCAACCUGUUGAAGUCUGCUAUGACUGAGUUUGCAAAAACAUAUUUUGAAUCUUGGGACUUCAGGUUCGGUGAUUUAGAACCGGCUAUUAUUCAUCCUAAACGUCAAGUGUCUGAAAGGCACCUAUCUGGGUUUUACACAAUGAACUUCUGCAGGAACUUCAUCGGUGACCAAGAGACAGAUAAUAUUCAUGUGGACGAUGACAGUUCUCUGGCGGCAUAUUACCUUUACGACAUUCUACAUCUCAAGGGGAACAAUGCAAAGAGGCCACAUCAGUUCAUCGAGUCUAUCGAUGAAUGAUACAAAAUCGAGUCUCGAAUGAAUGUAAGCGGCGAAUGUUGUUAGGGGCACAUGUUGCAUGGGACCGUAUCUGUUUGGGUCCCAAACGUUUGUAUGUUAAUGCACUAGAAUGUCUUUGCGGACCUAUAUAUUAUGCUGUCAAACCACCGAAUGGGUUCGAAGGUUAUGUGUGAG